AAGGGCUGGGACAACAACAGCUCUCCAUCUAUUUAAAGGCAAGGGUGGGGCCCCUUUUCAGCUACUUGCCUGGGACUGUUGUACCUUGGUGGAGAGGAGCGUUAUCCUGCAGAGCAGCACCAUGUCUUGUGGACCAGUAUGCACCAACUUGGGUCUCAAGCCUGGCCAGCGCCUCACUGUCAAGGGAACAGUUGCACCGAACGCCAAGAGCUUCGUGAUGAAUCUGGGGAAGGACGCUUCCCACCUCGGGCUUCACUUCAACCCCCGUUUUGAUGCUCAUGGUGAUGUGAACACCAUCGUUUGCAACUCAAAGAAGGUGGAAGAGUGGGGUGCAGAGCACAGAGAGUCUGUCUUCCCUUUCCAGAAGGGAAGCCCAGUGGAGGUCACAUUUGGCGUCAACCAAAAUGAUGUGACAGUUCACCUGCCAGGCCACCAGUUCACGUUCCCGAACCGGCUUGGUCUUGCUGUCUUUGACUACUUUGAUACACAAGGGGACUUCACACUCCAGUCCCUCAGCUGGGAAUAACUUCCCCUGACACCUCCAUCUCAAAGAUACAGAAAAAGCAAUCAAUAAACAAGAGUUUUGGUCUA